GUUAGAGGCGGGGGGGUGGGGGGCUGGUUACUAGGUGUGUGAUUGUGUGGGGCGGCCAGGGGCGGCCCCGGAGCGGCUGACCCUCUGCCUGCGGGGACGGGAGUCGCGAGGCGGCCGCCAUGGCGGUGUCGGAGAGCCAGCUCAAGAAAAUGGUGUCCAAGUACAAAUACAGAGACCUAACUGUACGUGAAACUGUCAAUGUUAUUACUUUAUACAAAGAUCUCAAACCUGUAUUGGAUUCAUAUGUUUUUAAUGAUGGCAGUUCCAGGGAACUAAUGAACCUCACUGGAACAAUUCCUGUGCCUUAUAAAGGUAAUACUUAUAAUAUUCCAAUAUGCCUGUGGCUGCUGGACACAUACCCAUAUAACCCCCCUAUCUGUUUUGUUAAGCCUACUAGUUCAAUGACUAUUAAAACAGGAAAGCAUGUUGAUGCAAAUGGGAAGAUAUAUCUUCCUUAUCUACAUGAAUGGAAACAUCCACAGUCCGACUUAUUGGGGCUUAUUCAGGUCAUGAUCGUGGUGUUUGGAGAUGAACCUCCAGUCUUCUCUCGUCCUACUAUUUCGGCGUCUUAUCCACCAUACCAGGCAACAGGGCCACCAAAUACUUCCUAUAUCCCAGGCAUGCCAAGUGGAAUCUCUGCAUAUCCAUCUGGAUAUCCUCCCAAUCCCAGUGGUUACCCAGGCUGUCCUUUCCCACCUGGUGGUCAGUAUCCUGCCACAACGAGUUCUCAGUACCCGUCCCAGCCUCCUGUGGCCACUGUCGGUCCCAGUCGGGACGGCACCAUCAGCGAGGACACCAUCCGAGCCUCUCUUAUCUCAGCGGUCAGUGACAAGCUGAGAUGGCGGAUGAAAGAGGAAAUGGAUCGUGCCCAGGCAGAGCUCAAUGCCUUGAAACGAACAGAGGAAGACCUGAAAAAAGGUCAUCAGAAACUGGAAGAGAUGGUUACCCGUUUAGAUCAAGAAGUAGCUGAGGUUGAUAAAAACAUAGAACUUUUGAGAAAGAAGGAUGAAGAACUCAGUUCUGCUCUGGAGAAAAUGGAAAAUCAGUCUGAAAACAAUGAUAUUGACGAAGUUAUCAUUCCCACAGCCCCACUAUACAAACAGAUCCUAAAUCUGUAUGCAGAGGAAAAUGCUAUUGAAGACACUAUCUUUUACCUGGGAGAGGCCUUGAGGCGGGGAGUGAUAGAUCUGGAUGUCUUCCUGAAGCCCAGCUCUCAGCUCCAGCACCGAGCUCCGGCCCAAGACCGCCGGGCGCGCUACUUCGGCCACACUCGCACGGGUGAAGGGCCAGCCGCCCCCGACCGGGAUGCGUGCGGUCUGCAAGGGGCACAGAGCCACCCUCAGGCAAAAGAAAUUCGCUCCCGCGGCGCCCACGCUCCAGCCGGUCUGCAGGACGCCAGCAGCCGAGUACAUGGCCCCCCUCUCAGGAGGCAGACGAAAAGAAGGGAGGAAAAGGGCAGAACUGUCGGAGGCUGCAAGGGGGGAAACCGUUGGCUACUGAGGCUGCGCGAGGCCCCGCCCAGCUCGUGCGGCCCUCGUGGGGUCUGCGCACACCCGGAGCAGAGGAUCGGCCAGGAGGCGGGCUCUGAGAGAAGAGGAAACAAGGAAAAAGAAUAAUGGGAAACUAAUCAUGUUCAGCGGGAGAGGACUAGAAUGAAAACUAUUCAGACUGCAAGAAUAAGAAUAUGAACUGCGACUCUCUGCCCAAGGAGCGCCCCUCCACUAGAGC